AUGGCUAAACGAAUCUAUAAAAGCAAAACAGAGAAGAGAAAGUUUGGAAAGCAGCACCAGCUCCAAGUCCUUUUUCUCCACGAGUCGGAAGGUUUAUCACUGAAGAAAGCUAAGGGACAUGAUCUCCUCAAGUACCCGGAGGGAUCGGGAAUGUGCCGAUCGCUUCCGGGCUGGAGCUUGACGCAGCGCGAGGGCAUCCAUGCCAUCAUAGCUUCCGGGUCCUCAGAAACAGGCGAUGGGCCAAUCGGGCGAAUGGCGAUUCAGUGA